UUGUUGCGUCUUUUGGUUUUUUAACCUGAGUUGUUGGUGGUCAUAUUUUCACUUUUUUUAGGUGGGAGUUUUCUGAGCUUUCUUUACCUAAAGAGUGGAAUGCAUCUUAAUAUUUCCCCCUUUUUCUCCUGUUUCUUCCCAGGGAAGGAGAAAUAUAUUUAUUAUGACAGAAUUUUAUCAUAUUUUAGGCUCAUAUCGAAAAAUUGACAAGUGCAGGAACUGCUGUAUGUAGAAAUAGUCACAUUGGCCUGGAAAAUGAAAGCCAAAAAGAGUGGGAAGCAGUCACAUGUGGAGCCAUUGGCCUUGUUUUCUUUUUUCAGUAAAUCCUUCUAGUAUUAAUACCUAGUUUAAUAAAACUGAUUUUAAAGAGUUGUACCUUUUACGACAUUUCAUUGAACUACUCUACUUUUAAUGUCCUACAGUGUGACAAAAUUUUGUCUCCAUUAUUGAUGAAAUGGGAGCAGACUUUUUGUAUGUUGGUGUUGUCUUUGUGGUAUAGAUCUGGGGAGAAUGUCUUGUUUGGUGGUAAAUUAACAUUUUGGCAAUAUCUAGGUCACGAAAUAGGAUUUAACCUGGGUAUGUUUAAACCUGGGUAUCCACGUCCCUGGUUGAAAUCUUCCCAACAGAUUUAUCUUUGACCAAGUCACCCUGUUGUGUUGUGCCAUGGACCAAGAUUGAACAGUGCUGCAUCUAGUCCAGGCCUCUCUGAGGUUAGAUCGAAGGACCCCCAUCCACAAUGCUCUUGUAGCCUUCCUCUUGUCAAAGAAUUAGAGCUCACGCAGAGGGCAGUGCGUAGAGAGCUGCUGUGCCUUCCGUGUCCCAGCUGUGGGGGCCAGUUGGCCUUUUGGUUUUGGCGAAUCCUGCUUUAUGAUAAGGCCCCCUCGCAUUUCCCACUGUUUCCGUGAGAGGUGGGCACUGUGCUGUAUAUGUCCUACAGGGCAUGUUGUACUCAUACUUGUCCUGUCUGAGUGUGCUGUAGCUCCUGUUGUUGUUUUAAGUUCAACUUUUAUCAAUAAAGAGAAUGUCUUCACAUCGGAUGAAAGAUGGCUGUGUGGUGUGGUUUGUGGGAUGGAUUCUGAUGUUCCGUUUUGUGUUCUGCACGUGGAACUGUCUUGUUCUCCUGGUUCUAAACGUGGCCAGCUGACUGCGGAAGCCCUCGGAGUUCCGCAGUGACUUCAUAGAGGAGCUCCUUGGGACUCCGGGACAGCGCCAAGAUGUCUCAGUUGAAAUGGAAGUCGAAAACCAGCAUACCUCUGUCAAACGUAGCCAGCAAGUUUACCUGGGGAGAACACGCUGGUUCAGGGUCAAGACCAGUGUCCUCCGAGGACUUAAGAGAGAGCCCACAGUCUCAAAAGGCAUCCACCCCAGGUGGAGUCCAGAAAAGCGAGGAGGUUCUUAGCUCCCCGGCAUCAUCUAUCACCCUUAGCCAACAUGAGUCUCAACUGUUUACCCCGCUACACAUGGCCAAGAUGGAGAAAAUGUUUGAGGAUGAUACUGACUCGGCCAGAGCCCUGGACAUGAAUGCUUUCAUUAAGGCCAUGAAGAAGAUUCUGAGCAAUAUGUCAGAUGAGAUGCUGGAGGCGCUGUUUCUGAAGGUGGACACAGACUGUACUGGCUCCGUCACCUGGCAGAAGUAUGUGGAUUACAUGAUGCGGGAGUUCCAGAGAAGGGAGAGGAUGAAAACAAGCCAGUACCGCCUGCGCUUCCACCUUCCCAUGAGGAUCGUCCCCCUGAACCAUGGCUGUGAGAUUGUGAAGGUGCAGUUUUUAACCCAGCGGUUCAAGAAGACGGGACAUCUCCUGACUGUCACCAAGGAUGGGAUCUUGCAGAUCUGGUCUGAGGCCUUCUCGCUGCUUAACUCCUUUAGGCUUAACCAGAUCCAGCAGGUCUAUAACCUGCAGAUGUGGGUCAUCGACAUGGUGUGUCUCUAUAACAUGAACCUGAUUGCAGUUGCAUCUACUGACCAGAAGAUAGAGUUCUUUGACAUUAGCAACCGUAACUGUGCCCGGGCCUUCACCUUCAUUGAUCUGGACAGCUGUGUCCUGGCCAUGGACUACUGGUCUGACUAUCACAGAGGUGUGUUCUGCUACGGGGACACCAAAGGCAACGUCAUCGUCUUCACCUCUGACAAUGUGACCCACGGGUUGUUCAACCCCCGAAUCCUUCCCAGGACCUCCAAAUGGGAUCACUGGACCAAAGUUUCUGCACGGAAGCUCCUAAAUGAAAAGUCCCCUUUGUAUAGGAGUUACCAGCUGAAGGCUCUCCAUCCCAACUGGUGCCAACAGGUCAAGUUCAUCCCCCAGCUGAACACGGUGGCCUCCUGUUCGGCCAUUGAGAAGUCCUCUCUGGUGCUGACCAUGUUGCCGUCCAAAGCCCCAGAGAGCCCCAAGUUUUCAGUGCUGAACUUAAGAAAAGGGAUUCUUUGCUUUGAUUACUGCCCAGACAAGAACUUAGUGGUGACCGGUGGCUAUGACCCCCUCAUCCGCCUGUGGAACCCCUUCUUCUCAAAAAAGCCCGUGUGGAUGAUGAAGGGGCAUCAGACUUCUGUGACGCACAUCCUGGUGAACAGUAAGAAUAGCAGCAUCCUCCUCAGCGUCUCCAAGGACAAGAAUAUCCGCGUGUGGGACAUGCAGGACUACAUAUGCCUCCAGUCCUUCUGUGGGAAGCUUUUCGCCCUGGGGAACUGCCCCAUCACCAGCAUCUACUUCCACAAGAGUGAAGACAGUCUCAUCUGUAGCACCUAUUCGAUUGGGAUCCUCAAAGGGUACUUGGAGACCGAGGAGCCAGGAAAAACAGGGGAGAAGACCACGACCUACAGCUCACCCGUGUGCGCCGUCCUCUACAGCAAGAUUUUUAAGCAGGUGGUGAGCGGCUGCCUGAGCAGCUUGGUGAGUGUGUGGGAGGUGGCGACGGGCAGGCGGACGAUGGAGUUCUCUGUGGCCGGCGACCAGCAGAUGGAGCUGACCUCCAUGUGCCUGGAUGAAUCGGAGCGCUGCCUGCUCACUGGUUUGCGGGACGGCACUGUAAAGAUGUGGAACUACGCCAUUGGUGAAUGCCUACUGGUCUUCCCCAACACGGACCACCUGGAGAUUAGUGGGAUUGUCCAUAUGAACAAAGCGUUCUACGUGACCGGGUGGAGUAAGAGAAUCACUUGUUUCAUGCUCCACAAGGCCAAGCCGGUGCUCAUGUGCUACCACUGGCACACCUUCCACAAGGAGGACGUUCUGAGCAUGGCCAAGUACCAGAACCAGUUCCUCGGGACCUCUUCCUACAAUGGGGACAUCCUCUUCUGGAACGUCAACCUGUUCAAGCCCAUCCUCAAUUUCAACGCCUCUGUGAGCCCCUUGCCUUUGCUGCCCAAGAAGGUCCAAGAAGUGGACAACUUCCUGGCCAAGAGCCUAUGGUCGGGCAAGUCCUGCAUGGAGCACCAGGAGUGGGCUCACAGACCACCAGGGCAGCCCCCGGGCCCCAGAGCCAGGACUGUGGCCAACGCCAACCUGCAACGGAACCUGAUGUCGGCCCCCCCGGUGAUGAAGCACCCCAGAGACAAGCAGCCAGAGAGGCCUGCGCCCCCACAGAAACCUGUCCACUCUGGAAGCCCCAAGCUGUUAAGAACGGCCUAUGGUGCUCAAAGAGGGGAAUUCCAGAAGAAGAUACUGCUGCAAUCCAACGCGUCGGUGGAGAAGAUCAUCUUCCUGCAGACCAGGCCUCGCCAGCCACGUGUAGCCGUCCUGCUGAGCAGCUGCAUCGAUGGCCACAUCUAUGCCUGGUCCAUCCACGGGGGUGGAGGCCUGCUGGGGAAGUUCCCUGUGGACUUCCUAAGCCGGGGGGAUGUGGUCGUGGGUGCCAUGGCCACGGAUGAAAAAGACUUGAUCCUUGUCACAGGGGAUUGUAAAGGAUACAUCAAGAUCUGGGACAUCAAGGAUUACUGCACAUUCACUGACAGGUGGUCAUCUCAACCCAGUGGAACAAACAAGUUCCAGUUCUUAAUUCCUGAACGGGUCCAGAUCAACCUCCCACACUACAUCCCCUUGGAGGAGAAGGAGGUCGUGGCUGGCCAGACCAUUUCCCUGGUUCCCCCCAAGCUUCUGAAUUCCUGGAAGGGCCAUUUGGAUAGUGUGGCAGACAUCCUGUAUGUGGAUAGCUUCCAGCUGGUUGUCAGUGCUGGCCAGGACUGUGACGUCAAGGCUUGGAAACUCUCCGGUGACACCAUUGGUAUGGGUCCUGCUGAAGCCCUGUUCUUCCCCAACCUCACAUCUGAUGGAUGCCUGAUCAUUUUGCACCAUUGCUACUUUAUACAUGAGCCACGGACAUUUGGCCUGAGUGUUUGGAAAAGGUUGCAGGAUAUUCAGAUUGUUGGUGAUCUUAAAGUGGGAAAAAGCUCAGAGGAGGAGGCUGACUCUACAGAUGCUGCCCAGAAGGCCUUCCGUCCAGAGCUGCGGGAGCAGCGGGCUCUGGCCGAGGCCCUGGUGUACCAGCGGCGGGAGCAGGUGGUGCUCAUGGCUCUCCUGAAUGGGAAGGCAGACGCGGAGGCUGAGGCGUGGGCUAAGCUGCAGAAGAUCACCCAGACGUCCCCAUGGGCUGGGGAGCGCUCCCCGGAAGACAUUGAGUGUAGCUGGUGCAAGUGGGAGUCCAAGGGCAAGCAGAUGAGCAAAGUUGUGGGAGCAGCGUACAAGCCCAAGGACCGGUCGCGGAGUUCCCGACUCCUGUCCACCCACGUGCAGUAUGACUGGAUGAAGUACCAGAUUUCACCUCAGAUCUACCAAAGCCUGCACUUCAACAGACUGUCACCCACCCACACACCUGACCUCGUGCUGCACAACGUUCUAGAGCAGCAGGGCCCGCACAGCCACCUGGCAGCCCACCAUAGCCACAAGGACCCAGAUCCUGAUAGGGACACCAGCUCGUCAGCCACCUCCCUCCCCGUCAGCGACACCCUCACCCUGACAGCCUCAGACUCCGGGUUCCUGGAGUCUGCCUUGUCCAGCUCCCCAUACCUCCGGGCCUCCCCCUCGGUCCUGUCCCAGGCACCCAAGUACAUCGUGCAGAGGUGGGCGACCCCCAUGCCUGCUGCCUCAUCCGUCGAACUGCUCUCAAGACCUCUGAAGGCCACCUUUCGGUCCUCCACGAAGAAGAGCUAACCGCAUCCGGUUCUAAGGUGGCCCACCCUCUCUCCAGUCCUCCAGCGCAAGGCCCAGGCCCACGGGCCUCCUGUCUGUCCCUGGCUUAUUACCCCUGCUAGACCCAGAAGAUAGAGACCUUCUAUUGACCUCCUUCUUCCCCAGAGUCCUGGAGAAGAAAAUAAAUAUUUGCACAUAUUGGAGUCCCAUAG